AUGAAAACCUCGACAUCUGAAGGAAAACACGGAAUACAAUGGACAGCUCAGAAUGAAUUAGACGAUUUGGACUUCGCAGAUGACCUAGUCCUCCUAUCACGUACACAUGAACAGAUGAAGAUGAAGACAGCAAGUGUAGCAUCAGCCUUUGCAUCAGUAGGCCUCAGUAUACACAAAGGGAAAACCAAGGUCCUCAAAUUCAAAGCGGAAAACAGCAAUCCAAUCACUCUUGAUGGCGAAACUUUGGAAGAUGUAGAGUCCUUCACAUACCUAGGAAGCAUCAUCGAUGAACAAGGAGGAUCCGAUGCAGACGUAAAGGCGAGGAUCGGCAAAGCAAGGGCCGCAUUCCUACAAUUGAAGAACAUAUGGAACUCAAAACAACUUUCAACCAAUAUCAAAGUGAGAAUCUUCAAUACGAACGUCAAGGCAGUUCUACUGUAUGGAGCUGAAACUUGGAGAACUACAACAACUACAAUCAAGAGAGUACAAGUAUUUAUAAAUAGCUGUCUACGCAAGAUACUCAACAUCCAUUGGCCGGAUACCAUCAGCAAUAGCCUUCUGUGGGAGAGAACAAACCAACUUCCAGCUGAAGAAGAAAUUAGGAAAAGACGAUGGAGAUGGAUAGGACAUACAUUACGCAAAUCGUCGAACUGCAUCACGAGGCAAGCCCUAACUUGGAAUCCUGAAGGGAAGCGAAAAAGAGGAAGGCCAAAGAACACAUUACGUCGGAUAAUAGAAGCAGAUAUGGAACGGAUUAAUAACAACUGGAAGGAUCUGGAAAGGAUUGCCCAGGACAGAGUUGGGUGGAGAAUGCUGGUGAGUGGCCUAUGCUCCUUCACGAGGAGUAACAGGCGUAAGAAAUAUAAUUCCACAAAAGCCUUCCGAAUUCGGAUGGACAAUGUUUUCACGGGUUUACUUAAAUGGAUUUUAACAUUUUGCAUUCCUCAACUGCGCAUGAUGCCAGACCGUUCCUUUAGUCAGGCAAAUAAUUCAGGUGAAGAAAGUCACGUGAUCUCGAAUGCGGGUAGCUUUUGCGAACUAGAUGACCAUGUUUGUCCUUCUGAUAAUAAUCUCAGUCGUCUUUCACCGCCAUCUGCUACUUUCCUAAUUCAUGGAUCAGAGAUUCCUCACCAUGCUCCUGCUCCUCCCAUCAGGUCUUCAAGUACAUUGCGUAAAAAGAACAAACCUGUUUUGCCUCCAUCAAAACCUUUGCCAACUCCACCUGGGAAAGAAGAGAAAAAGAAAAAGAAAGCGAAAAUGUUCCGAUUUCCUAAAUUUGGUCGAUCGGAAAAAACUGAACCACAAAUUUCUGGUCCUACAGAAGUUACGCAUAACCUACAUGUGGCAUUUGAUAAGUCCACAGGCGAAAUCAAGGGUCUUCCUAUUUCAUGGCAGAUGCUUUUAACAGCAUCAAAUAUAUCACGAACAGAACAAGAAAAGAAUCCAGAAAUCCUUCUUGGCGUACUACAAUGUUUUGAUGAAUCAGCUAAACAGAAAGAUAAAUAUAUGACAAAUGUGUCUGUCAUUACAAAUUCCUCUGGCUCCGUUGAAUCGAUGAAUUCCAACUCCCGCUCCUGCUCAGUUUCCUCUCAAAGUAUGCCAAUCGCACCAGGUCAUUGCGACAUCAGCUAUUUACAUUCGGGCUCCUAUCAAUCUGCUUCAUUUAAUUCUACGACAUUAUCAUCUGCACCUAUUUCAGCGGAGGAAAAUAAUUUAAUUAUGUCAAUGGCUGAAACUAGUUUAACAGGAAUGACAAUAAUUUCCAGUGCUUUACCGGCAACUACACAUUCUUGUGCGGGUAGCAAUAGCAGCGGCCGUGGUAGCAGUUGUACCACUAACAGUGGCAGCGUUGGUGGUCGUGGUGUAAGUGGUGGUGUUCCAAAUGGUUUGAGCGCUGCAAGUUUAGUAGAACUAACUUCUAAUCACACUCACGUGUGUCCUUCAGGGUCUGGAAGGAGAACAAGCACAGGAGGUGCCGUAUUUUUGGGUGGUAUUAGUCCAACCCGUACAUUUGGUGGACGUGCAAGUGGUUCGACAAUUCCCGAAAUGUCUCCAGCACUUGGGAAUCAUAGAAGCAUUAACAAUACAGGAGAUAUCGCUCGUUCUGGGCCAGACUCCAUGAUAUCAGCGAACUCAGGAACCCUUACAAAUGGACAACUUCUCAAUCAUAGCCGUCAUGCUAGAGAUGCCAAUUUAGCUAGUGAUAAUCAUAAUGGUCAUUCAACUGUAUCUGUUCCUGCUCUUCCAAUUACAUAUGAUGUUAGUCUUGGUGAACUUAGCAGCAGUCGUAGCAGUGGUUGUUCACUAUCUUGCUCUGGUGCUAGCGGAAGUGUCAGUAUUUCUGGUUUAGCAAGUUCAGCUAGUAUGGUUGGACAUUUAUUUGGAGGUAUAAAUAGUAAUGAGAACAGUCCUACAAGUAUUCUUCCGCCUAGUAUGUUACCAUCUCAAUCACCGUUACCACAUAACAACUGUUGUUCAUUUGUCUCCUAUCCACCAUCAUCAUCACCACCGCCUGUUCCACCUCAUGCAACUACUGUCGUAUUAAGAAAUUUAGAUUUUUCUGAAAGUUGUACAAAUAAUUUUGAAAUUAGUAGUGUUAAAGAAGAAGGUACUCUACGGCAUACAUCUUCAUUUCAUAAUACAAUCCCUGAAUCAUCUACAUGUUUACCAUUUCAUGAAGAUAGAUUAGUUCCAGAAUCCUGUAUAAUGGUCGGAGAAUCUUCUUCCGAUGAAGAAGAAGAGGAUGAGGAUAUUGAAGAUGAAGAUCACGAACAAGAAGAGUAUGAAGAAGAUGAGGAGUUAGGUGAAGAUGAAGAAGAGAGCGAGAACGAACAAAGUGAAUUAAGCAAUAAUGAAAUAACUACAUCUCAGGCUACUGUUGAAUGGAUGACAAGCAGUGGAACUUGUAGUAAUCUACCUACUCCAAUGACUAUGUCCAAGGGAUCUGAAAAUGGUGUUACCAGUGAAGCUUUUGAUAAUCGGAAUGGUGUACUCGCUUCAAACAAAACAACAUCAACAAAUAGUGAGAAUAUACCAAAUUUGGUCAGUACUAGUAAAGAUAGUGGGACAUCGAAGAUCAUCCAGUCAUCAACUUCCGAUAGAAAUGUUCCACCAGCUGUUCCAGUCAAACCACAGGGUUUAACACAUGUGUUUCGCACACAACAGCAAACUAAAAUACACCAAUCUCCUCAUUUCUUCCCACAUCAACCGCCUACAAAUAAAAUGGAUUCAAGUAAUACUGCUACGAUUACAACAACUACCACUUCUACUGCUGCUGCCGAAGAUGUAGCCAAAUCGACUACACCUAGUGCACCUAGGCGUCGUACUGGGAAUCAUCGAUUAACAGAUCAGCAGGUACAUGAUAAAUUAAGAGCUAUUGUAAGCAAAGGUGAUCCAUAUCAAAAAUAUCGUAUGGUAGAUAAAAUUGGUCAAGGGGCAUCUGGUGUGGUAUAUAGUGGAUAUGAGAUUGCCACUGGCAGUUUAGUGGCUAUUAAACAAAUGAAUCUAGCUCAACAGCCUAAAAAAGAAUUAAUCAUUAAUGAAAUUUUGGUUAUGAAGGCUAAUCGUCAAGCAAAUAUUGUAAAUUAUCUAGACAGUUAUUUAGUGUCCACUUCAGUAUCUACCAAUAUGGAUCAUCAUCAGCAUUACAUGAACGGUUCAAAUCACAAGUACCAACAAUCAACUCACAAGGAUGAUAGCCUCAAUUCAUCAACAAUUAGUUCAGGCAAUUCAUCUAAAGGUGAAGAACUAUGGGUUGUCAUGGAGUAUUUAGAUGGUGGCUCAUUGACCGAUGUUGUCACUGAGACGUGUAUGGAAGAAGGACAUAUUGCUUCAAUUUGUCGAGAGAUACUUCAUGCCCUUGAAUUUCUUCAUGCAAAUCGCGUCAUUCAUCGUGAUAUCAAAUCAGACAAUAUUCUUCUUGGAAUGGAUGGAUCUGUAAAACUGACUGACUUUGGCUUUUGUGCACAAUUAAGCAAUGAUGGAACUAAACGUUCAACUAUGGUUGGCACACCGUAUUGGAUGGCACCAGAAGUUGUUUUACGUAAACAAUACGGUCCAAAGGUGGAUAUAUGGUCAUUAGGUAUUAUGGCCAUUGAAAUGGUAGAUGGUGAACCACCCUAUCUAAAUGAAAAUCCUGUUCGAGCAUUGUAUCUUAUCGCUACCAAUGGUAAACCGGAAAUUAAAGAACGUGAUCGCUUAUCAAGCACAUUUCUUAAUUUCCUCGAUCGUUGCCUAGAAGUGGAUGUAGAACAAAGAGCUACGGCGAAUGAAUUAUUACAACAUCCAUUCAUAUGCAGAUGUUCUAAACCAUUGAGUUCAUUGAUUCCACUGAUCAAUUUAGCCAGAGAACAGAAAUAA